AUGGCAUUCGUGUGGGAAAUGGAUAUAUGGAUGCACUGUAAAUGUGGUGUAUGGUGUGGACAGUCGGUCAUUCGUAAAACACGAGUCACCUGCAAGUGUCACGGUGUAAGCGGCUCCUGUAGCCUGGUCACCUGCUGGCAACAACUCUCCAGCUUUCGAGAGGUCGGAGACUUUCUCAAAGACAAAUACGACGGCGCGACUGAAGUGAAAAUAAAUAAGCGAUCAAAACUGCAAAUAAGAAACUCUCGAUAUAGUAAACCCACGACAGAGGACUUGCUAUACAUGGAUGAGUCGCCCGACUAUUGCAUCGGUAGCGAUGAGAUGGGAUCGUUUGGCACUCGCGGCCGCUCUUGCAAUAAGACAUCCCCCGGAACUGAUGGAUGCAAUCUCAUGUGCUGUGGGCGCGGGUAUGCCAGUCCUCACCCGACUAUUGCAUCGGUAGCGAUGAGAUGGGAUCGUUUGGCACUCGCGGCCGCUCUUGCAAUAAGACAUCCCCCGGAACUGAUGGAUGCAAUCUCAUGUGCUGUGGGCGCGGGUAUGCCAGUCCUCCUUACUAUACCUUUCCUUAGAUACCACUCUUAA